AGGCAAAAUAAGUUUCUAACGCGAAAUUUACCCAAUAUGGGUGACGAUGACGACACGCUCUGUGCAAAAUUACGACUUCGUGCCGUUCUCCUUCAUUUCGGUCUCGUCAUUACUUGUAUUGCUUAUAUAGUAGCUGGAGCUUGGCUAUUCCAAACCAUAGAACGACCAGUGGAGCUGGAAUUACGAGAAGAGGCAUUGAGAAUGUUUGAGAAAGUCAGAGAGGAAUUUCUCUCCAAUGUCACCGAAAGCAAUAAAAACGUUGAGGAUACUGUAGAUGCCUACAUUGGAAGUAUGCUGACACUGUUCGAAAACCCUCACUAUGCCCACGUAUUCGAAACUCAUCUGUCAGAUGUGAACAGCAGCGAUAAGGAUAUAUGGACAUUUCCAGCAGCUGUGUUGUUCACCACGACUACUAUAAUCCCAGUUGGUUACGGUAAUGUCUGCCCAGCUUCUGAAUGGGGAAGGCUACUGCUGGUCAUUUACGGAAUGAUUGGAAUGCCAUUAGCCUUAGUGACAAUGGCUGAUACCGGAAAAUUUAUCAGCCAAGGUGUGACCAGAUGGUUUGAAGAUUCUAUGGCAGUACCAACUGGACUAUUUUUAUCGGUGUUAUGUGUAUAUCCUGUCGUUGGUGGCAUGUUAUUCCAUCACUAUGCAGAUUUACAAUUUCGUGAUGCAAUAUACUUCAGUUUUACCUCGAUAUUUACCAUUGGAUUCGGUGAUUUAAUGCCUAGCAUAAACGUGAUCUACCUCGUCGUGUUUAUUGUUUUCGGAGUUAUCCUUGUGACGAUUACCAUUGAUUUUGUGGCUGCUGAAGUGAUCGACCAUAUCCAUUACAUGGGUCGUCAUGUGGGAAAAGCGCGGGAAAUUGCCGGGAAAAUGAUGCAACUCGCUCAAUCCAUUAACAUGAACAAAGGAAUCACUGGGCUUACAGCUGGAAUGAGUCAGCUACAGGCCUUGGCGCGAUUUGGUUUAUUGGGGAAAAUAGAUCAAGCGGUGCUCGAAAAAGGCACUCCAUAUGCUUUUGCGCCAUUUUUGGAAGACAUGGACUUUAUGGACAAUGCAUCGGUCUAUACACCUUCAAAGGAUGAAAAAGUGCCUCUGAGGCAACAUCAAGUUAUGUAA